CCACCCUUUAAUCGCAAUUUCAGGUAUCAGCUCUGCCAACUUACUAAAAAUAUAUAGCUACGUAUUUUUACCCAUUGCUUCGCUGACUGUUGUUGCUUCAUCUUCCUCUUCAAAAUAAUUCGCAAGAGCUGCGCGCUCCUUUCGCGCUGCACAAGACAUCGUUCAAAUUGCCAUUAAUUCGAAUUCUAAUCAUCAAAAUAAAGUGUGCAUUAGGACAAGUCAACCAUGUGGCCAAUGUGUUUUAUAAAGGCAAAAGUGUCGGACACACGAUUUGUCAGGAAAAUUGUGAAAAUUAAGAAAACUCCAGUGAUAAGUGGCUUGCGGGCAUUUAGUGGUCCCGCAAAUUUGACUCACUGCCCUACAUGCCAAAUAGAGGUACCACUAUACAUUAGACGUAAACGCGCCAGAAGCAAACGUCGAUAAAAGUGCAAAGCAAAACGCAACACUGAAAAUGUUUGUAAACAGCUGUUAGUCAAAAGGCCGCCAGAUGGCGUCACCUCAUCUUGCUUGUUGGCAUUGCCAGCUGCGAGUAAACGCCAUAUUUGAUUCUGCCUCGUCGCUUUGGUGUUUGUUAAAGAAAGCGAAUUUUCAUGCCAAGCAUCUGAGGCAUAUUUUGACUGAAAUUCACAGAUAAAAGAAAAUGAUUUAAAUAUUCUGUGCAAAUGCGUCUGUGUAUCCUAUCGUGAGUUGUAAGGCGUAGCAACAACUGCAACUGGCUAAGGCUCAAAAAGCGUUCGCCAUGGAACAGUACAUAGUACAUAGCAAUAGUGAGGACAUGGAAAUGAAGCCCGUCUAUUCGGACCUGCAAGUAGUGCAAGUACCGCACGACGAAGUGAGCUCUCUUGUGCUGCAGGACGAUCAACAGCUCGUGUUCAGUGAUCAGCAGCAAGUUGUCUACCAGACCACCGCCCCCGCGCAAUAUCAGCAACCCCAACAGACUACAACUGCGAGCCACUAUAUUAUAGGCGCUGAGUUGCAACAGCAACAGCAGCAGGAAGUGCAACAACAACAGCAGCAGCAGCAACAAGUGGUAAUGCACCAUCAACAUCAGCAGGUGCAUUAUCAGCAGCAACAGCAGGAAGUGCAACAGCAGCAGCAACAGUUGCGUCUGGAGCAACAGCAGCAAUAUGUGCAACAACCUGCCAUUCAACAUACACAGCAAAUCUACUACACAUCAGAUCAAGUGCUACAGCCCAACACGAUUGUGCAGCAUGCAUCGAUGCAGCAACUGCAACAGCAGCAACAACAAAAGAAGCAGCAGCAGCAAGUGCUGCAACAGCAACAUCAGCAACAAUAUCAACAGCAACAACACACCGCCUAUCAACAACAAACGACGCCGCUGGUCCAGGCGGCACCCCAGCAACAGCAACAGUUGCUGCAAAGUCCGCAACACCAACAGCAAACGCUGCAGCUGCAAACGUCGCCAGCACAGCAACAACAACCGCAACAACACCCACAGAUUGUCUACCGCAUGACAACCACGCAACAACAGCAGCGACAAAUAAGCAUGCUUAACAACACGCAUGUAAUUGUGCAACAGCCCACUGGACAACAGGUGUUAAUACAAGCGCCGCAGCAUCAGGAGCUGAUUAUGCGACAGGCGACUGGCAUACCGCAGCAGAGUAUUAAUAUUCACGCAUACAACAAUCGCGUAGUGUACGCCACAUCGCCACAGCAGCAGCAGCAACAACAGCACGUGCUGCAGCAGCACGUACAGCAGCAACAGCAGCAGCAGCAACAACUUCAUCUACAGGCACAAACCACACAUCUUGUGCAGACGCGAGUAGUGCCACAGCAAACGGGCAACGUAGUCUAUCAGCAAGUACAGUUGCCUAAACCCACGUUACAGCAGCAACAGCAGCCGCAGCAGACUCAGCAGCAGCAGCAGCAGCAACAACAGCAGCAACCACAGGGACAGGUUCAGGUGCAGCAACCGCAGCUGGUGACCACAGCCACAGGCACACAAUUGGUGCGUUCCUCAUUCCGAGGGAAAACAACCCGUGGGGGCGCCAUCAUAGCCAGGCAACCCACUGGCACUGUGAUAGCAGCGCGCCCUGCCCUAACGCCUACUAUUGUCCGGCAUAUGCGUCCGCGUGGCGGUCUGCAGACUGUGACCGGUGGCAUUGUGCGCAGUGUGCGACCACAAGGCAUGCGACCCACUCGCACCCAGCUGGUAGUGCAGACCACUGCUGCUGGCGAUGGUCAGACCAUGCAGCUAGUGACUCAGCCGCAGAUGGCCAAGCAAAUAACUAUAACUAACUUAGGACAGCCAACGGUAACUGCGCCGGGUCAGCAGAUGCAGCCACGACACGUUUAUCGGCACGUGGUAAGCGAAUCGGGUCCUAACCCGCAGCAACAGCAACAGCAGCACCAGCAGAUGGUCUUAAUGCGCCAACAGCCAUUGCGCUAUCGACCUACUCAAACGGCAGCGGCGCCUACACCGAAUUCAAACACAAUGGGGUUGGACCUGGAGGAGAGCAUACAGGCCGUGAUGGUAAAGAAGGAUCCGCAGCAACAACAACAACAACAGAAGCCAGCGACAGGAUCUAUGCAAAUGCAGCUGCCUCCAGCUGGCAACACCACAUUAACCACCUACUAUCAACAGAGCUCAGCCACCAAUAGCAGCAGCGAAGAAGAACAGCAACAGCAGCAGCAACAACAACAACAACAGCAGCAGCAACCACAUCAACUGCAGCCGCAACAGGCGCAGCAACCUGGUGUACGGACUGCUAGCGGCGCCACCAUGAGUCUGUCGGAAUACAAAAAACGUCAGACCAUGGCAAGCUCACCGGCUCCUACAGCACCGACCGCCGCUGGGUCGACGGCCAUGCGACCGGCAACUGCGCCUGGUACUCUGGUUCGGUCGGUACCUAAGUUGGUGCCACAGCCUCAAACCACACAGCAGCAGCCCAAUUCAACUGCAACUCGCAUCUUGCAGCCUCAACGAGUGCUUGCCACAGCGCCAGCCCCGCCCCAUGCGUCCUCUGUGCAGCAGACAUCGCACAACAACUACGAGAUUCAUUCGCAGCACGUGCUGAAUAACCGGGCCGGACAACCCAUCGCUGAUCGCGAUCGCAAUAGUGCCAAAAUGUUGGUUAUUCUAGCCUCUGGGGAGCAGCGAUUGAUAACGUUCACGCUGCCACGGGAGUCAUGCACCGUGCAGGAUCUGCUAGAGCAGGUUUGCGUGCCCUUCGACAAUAGCACCACCAUUCAAUGUGUGGAACAUCACGGCGCCAAUGUGGACUUUGUAGUUACGGUUGGGUUUUCCGUAAACGAAUCUGCCAGCGAGCUGAUUUCACGCGCCGAGGAGAGUCUACAAAUGAAUCGUCAGCAGGAGAACGCCGCUGCAGCAGCAGCGGCAGCCACAACUGCAACAGCAACAACAACCACCCCUGCCUUUAAUCCACAAUCGACAGCAGCGAAUUCUGGAGUUACGGAUCAAGCCAAGCGUGAUUCAGCAAGCACCAACACAGGCUCCGCAUCCCCGGCUGUGAUUGCACCAUCGGAAGGACCCAAGUUGAUUGACGGUUACUAUGCUGUCUGUCAGCUGUGCGGCUUCACGGGCAUGGAUCAUGCCAAGUGCGAACGAUGCAAACGUGUUUUCCAGGAGCCACCCAAACGGAAAUCCUAUGUAACUAAGUCUUCGAAUGCAGCAGCAGCAGCCAUAGGUGGAGCAGGAUCGUUAGCCGGCGACCCAGCAACGGCUGCUGACAAGAAACGUGAGUUAGCACGUCUCAAUAAAACGGUAGUCGGCGUUGGCGGCUCUUACGCUGCAGGUUCAACCACCGUGCGAGGAAGGGGCAUGGCCAUCAGAGGCGGACGGACGCGCAGCGGUCGACGAGUUGCCGAGGCGGAUCCCGUUGUCUUGCUCAGCAGUGAGGACGAAGCUGAACAGGAUGAGUCCAAUGGCAAUGCUGGCAAUUUUCCCGCCAACAAUGCAAAACGUAAUUCAAAUGGAAGUGUUAAUCAGCUGCCUGCCGCUUUUGCCUGUGAUCCAAUACUAACCGACGUAGACGAGGAAGCACUGUACAAAGACUUUGUGCGAGGAGAUGUUAGUGAUCUUUCCGAUAUUCCCGAUGGCGAAUCAUUCACCACCGAAUUGACCUGCAAAUGUUUGCGUCUAAUGCCGUAUCGUUUUAUGAUAACGGAACCGAUCAAAUUCACCUCUAAGGGCGUUCGGAUUACUGGCGUACUGCCCGAUAAGGAUGAAAAAUUUGUUUUGAACAUCUACAAGCAUGAGGUUAUAAAGGUUAUUGCACACUUUGCCAGCUAUGAGCAAGCGCAGCCGCUGGUCACGCUCUAUAUGCUGAAAACAUGCGCUCAGUAUGUGAAGUCGCAGCUGCAGCUACCUGAAGAUACGCCCAAUGAACAAUUCGGCGUCAAAUGGAAUGGCAGCUUUCAUGAACGCCGCUUGAUAUUGCUGUUCGAUACAAUCAGCUUUUCGGCUCGCGAAACUCUCAAAUCUAUGUUUAGUUUUCUGGAUGAAAUUUCAGCGCGUGAUGCUGCGGAAAUAUUGGAACGUAUCGCCGACUCGGAUCGCAAGGCACUGGACAAGCCUACACAGCUGGCCCCGCGUCAGCUGCGUCCCGAUGAGCAAGUUAGUCUGCUAAUGUAUCCGCCCAAGGGCACUGGUGGACUCUGUAUACGUAUGGAGGAUUUCGUUUGCCUGACAAAGGAGUCGUAUUUGAAUGACAUUAUCAUUGAUUUUUAUCUGCUCUGGCUACGCAACACCAUUAUACCGGAGGCUCAACGCGAGCGUACUCACAUUUUUAGUACAUUUUUUUAUAAGCGUCUUACAACUCUAACACGUCCGACGGACGUUAAGCAAACAGCUGCACAAAAACGUCAUGCUCGAGUACAGAAGUGGACAAAGAUUGUGGAUAUAUUUGAUAAAGAUUUCAUCAUAGUGCCCAUUAACGAGCAAUCGCAUUGGUUUCUCGCUAUCAUUUGCUUCCCCUGCUUAAAGGGUCCCGUCACCUUCGACACGAAUCAGCCUGUGGAGCCGCAGCAUUUGAAGCGUGCUCGUGGCAAGAAGGUUGCUUUGCAGAUUGGUAACACAACAAUCACGCCGCUGUCCAAGCGAGAAACUGUCACUCUGCCGACCAUGCCCAGCGAAAUAUGUCGGAUUGCCGACGACGAGAGUGAACGCGAUGAGGCUGAAGGCGAUGACAGCGACAUGGCAUCGGAGGUUAGUGAAAACUCAAAUCCACCCAUCAGCAAGGAGGCGACGGCUGCGGCUCCAGCUACGCCUGCACCCGCGACAACUUCUGGACCCGCACGUGCCACAAACGAAGACGUGCCGGCUGUGAAGCAGCCCUUAAUUUUAAUAUUUGACUCUCUGGCGGGUGCGUCACGUAGUCGAGUGGUAGCUACGCUGCGUGAUUAUUUGACAUGCGAAUACAAGGUGAAGAAGCCGGAUGCGCAGGCGCACAUCUUCAACAAGGAUAACAUGCCGGGACAUUGCGUCAAAGUACCACAACAGAACAAUUUUACGGACUGCGGCCUGUAUCUGCUGCAGUAUGUGGAGCACUUCUUCAAGGAUCCAAUUAAGGAUUACAGAUUGCCAAUCAAGCAGCUGACGAAUUGGUUCGACUAUCUAACUGUCACCAAGAAGCGUGAAGACAUCGCCCAGCUAAUACAGCAGCUAAUGGAUGAGAGCAAUACACAUCAGCCGCGUCUCAUUUUGCCAGUAAUCGAGUUUCCAACACUCAAUGGUCAGCUGGUUGAGUAUCCCGAAGAGACUGAGAGCGCCGAGUUUGAAGAGGAGGAAGGCCAUGACGAGGAGGAGCACAACAGUGAUGUGCACGAGGAUAGCACGGCCACUGAAAUGGAGGUGGAUCCCACGGCUGAGGAACUGCAGCAGGCUCAGGCGUCCAAGUCGACCACACAAGCAGUCUCAACGUCGACGACAACUACAAGCCCCACUGUGAUGGCGGGAUCUACGACGCGCCGAUUUGUGCUCAAGCGUCGCCUGCAAAAUGGUGCCUCCGCCUCUCCAAGUAAUAGCAACGGGGGAGAAGCCAACAGCAGCAAUAACCAGUUGGUUCCACAGCUGAUUAGCACUGCCUCCCCGCUCAGCAGCAAUAGCAGUACACCCAGUGGUGGCGCUCUUUUAACUAAAGGUGUUGCCAGUGUCGGUACCGGCAGCCUUAAAAUUCGCAAGAUCGAACAGUAGCAUACGGGCACCGGCUCAGAGCCAGUCGCAGAGAUGCCGCCGCUGCAGCUGCUGCAAAUGUUGCGCCCACUGUAAAUAAUAAAAGCAAAAAUUAUUAUACAA